AUGCAGCUGUCCUGGCAGCAGGGGUUUUCCCUGUCAACAAAGCCCGCCAAAAGGCGAGCACCACGCCGGAACAGACAAGAGCGAUUCGAGUUCGUCGUGGAGCAUCCCCAGAGAGCUCAUCGCGCAAGACGUUCCCCACCAGUCACCACCUUUACGCAUUCAGGGUCUCUCUCUAACUCUAUCAUAGUAGACACACACAGAGCUUAUUUUCAAAGUGAAGCUGUCGAGGAAAAUGUACCUCACAUUGACCCGUCACUGGAGACCGUGAAUGACGAACGAACGAUUAGUGGAACGACCUCACCUCACCUAAACUCGUGCAACAGUGAAGAUCAAUCUACAUCCUUGCGUUCACCCGAGCCCACGACCUGUGAGCGUAAUGUUGCUAGCCCAGUGCCAAAUGCCGCGGCGGUUUCGGCUAUGACCAACAUUCCAUUUCCUCUUUUCACCUCUAAACCACGGACUAUAGAAUACAGUAGCCUUACUCAACGGUUCAAGCCGAUACUCAACAGAUACAACAGCGAGUUUUGCACAAUCCCAUUAACGUUCCGCCUACGGAUAAAUCCGUUUCGAUACCGUACAGACAUCGACCCGGAACCGACCUUUCUGGUCCACGCUGUGAUGGCUUUGGCGGGUCACCAUGUCAACAGUACCUUAACCUUAAGUCAUCGCCAUGCAGCACUUCAACUACUUCGCCAUAGUCUCAACGCAUUCAGUGAUGCGGAAACUAUGUAUUCCGUGCUUGACACGAUCGUAAUUCUAUUCUCGCUAGAUGAAACUCAGUCCAUCCUCGGAAAUUGGACCACACAUCUCAUGGGAGCAUAUGGUCUCCUUGAAGCUUGCGGUGGUAUCAAAACAUUAGCCAUGUCCUCUAGGGUCGAGGCUCAGAUAGCAAUACUCACUUGGUGGGAUGCUAUAACCAGUCUCCUGUCCAGGGAAGACUGCGUGUUCCCUUACGCAUACUUCGAUGCCGUACUAAAGAACCAGCAUAAACGAGAGUGGGAUUUUUUUGGACUAUGCGGGUGUCCGACGAGUCUCGCAAAGAUUAUAAUGCAGGUAGCGCGCCUUAGCGCAGAGAGGCAAAAAUCGUCUUUGACGCUGGAUUUCGCAUUUGACAAUACUGUUAUCUCGGAAAUUGAGCAAUCGCUUGAGUCCUGGCGUCACAUCCCCGCUGGAACAGCUUUCCGAGACGAAGACUACAUGCACCAAGAUCAGGAUGUCAUGCAUUGCUCUGAGGCAUGGAGAAAUGGACUUCUUCUUUAUAUAUUCAGAGUUUUUCAGUGGGAACCUGGAAGUAGCGUCCCGACGCGUAUCUUGCACCGCGCAAGGGUCAUUGUGGACCACGUAGUCUCGUGUCGCGACGUAAACAUGAUGUCCAGGCAAGCCUUGUUGCCACUUUUCCUUGCAGGCUGCGAGUUGCGAGAUCGAUCAAAGCAAACAGAGAUUAUAAAAUUCUGCUCUAUUUGGGACGAGAGGACUAGGUAUCAUGUGUUUCGCAGCACAAUACCUCUGCUCGAAGAAGUAUGGGCCGAGCAGGAGACGAAGGGUUUCGAGAACGUGUGGUGGGGCCAGGUCGUGGAUAAGCAGCACACGUUCAAGGCUCAUCCUUUGAAAAUGCGACUUUGCUUUGGCUAA